GCAGUUGGGGCUGGGGCGAGCCGUGGAGAAGUCGGGGCUGGAGGGAGGGGGGGAGGGAGGGAUGAGGAUGAGUGAGGGGGCGGCUUCCUCCCGCAGCCUCCGCUCGCAUCCCUGAGAAGCGGGAGCCGCGGUUCUCUCGCCCGAGCUGGGCGCUGAUUGGAUCUCGGGGAGGAGAAGCCGAGCCCGGGGCUGGGGCAGCGGCGCCUCAGGGGCAGGGGAGGAAGCUCCGGGAGAGAAGAGGGCGGCGAUCCGACGGUGUACGUCUAACCACAUCCGCGCUGCCCCGGCCACAAAUAUCCACAGGCGGCUGUCACCGUUUCCCUCCAUUUUGAAAAGAACAGGGGAUUAAAAAAAAAGGGAUUGCAUCCCCCCUCACCCCACCUUUGCCCUCUUGGGGGGCCGGGGCGGGGACAGCCGCGCUCAUGGCCUUCAGCCCGUGGCAGAUCCUGUCCCCGGUCCAGUGGGCCAAAUGGACCUGGUCCGCCGUGCACGGCGGAGGCGCUGCUGAUGGCGAGGACCGGGGGCCAGAGGGAGAGGCCGAGGAAGAGGAUUCCCAAGCCGAGACCAAGUCUUUGAGUUUCAGCUCGGAUUCUGAAGGUAAUUUUGAGACUCCUGAAGCGGAAACACCCAUCCGAUCACCUAUAAAGGACUUCUGUGAGCCAUCCCUGGGAUUAGAAGGACCUGGGGCCAAAACUCAAGGACUGCAGGAAUUCGAUGAACAGCUGGUAGCGGAAGUGUCUGAAAAACGUUUGCAUGAGGCAUGUCCCGGAUCAUCGGAGAAUGAGGCAGCGCUACACCACCUGGCCCCUCUGGCAGACAAGAAUGCUGAUACGGAAGCUGACCUUGAAGUUGGCCAGGUUUCACCACUGAUGCCAUUGUUGUUGGAUGCUAAGAAGCCUGAGGAUAGCUCUACAGCAGCUUCCAAUCAAGAUUUGUCCUCAAAUGAUUCAGCAGCCCUACGAGAAAAUUCAAUGACAGGAGACGACAUGGGACUGACUCGUGAGGCUUCCAGUGAUGCUGAGUCAAAGGCCAAAACCUUGACUACAGAGUCUGUGUCCGGCAGAAGCAAGCUUAGGAAACCCAAACCAGUCUCUCUAAGAAUGAGAACUACUGGAGGAGAAUUCUCAGAAACUGACACCGUUGUGGAGGACCACCCAAUCCCCAAAGCAUCCUAUCAGUUCAAUCCAGAUGAACUUGAUGAAAACACAAAUCCUUUCCUGAUAGGAGGUUCUAAGAUCCCCAAUUCUCCUCCUGCGGUGAAGCAAACCUUAAGUUCUUCCAAUGGAGAUGCCAGUGAUUCAGGGGUAGAGCUGCUAGAGGAAUCCAAGGGUUCACCUUUGAAACUGGAAUUCGAUUUCACAGAUGGCACUGAGAGUGCAGGAAUCAAGAAACCCUUUCCUAGGAAACCUGCCCCCGGAGGCAGGAAGAUGAUUAGCAAGCUGGCUCUCAGGGCACAGAAAGAAGGAGUCAGCAAACCAGUCACUGCCAAAGGCUUGGAAAAGCCUUCCAGUCUAGCAUAUGAAGAAAUUCCCCUUCAAAAAGCCUCCUCUAAACUAGAUCCCAGUCAGGGGGAUGACUGCAGCUUUAACCCCUUUGGAGGCAGCUCCACUUUGCAGAGCUCUCCACCCCUCCCAAAGGGGUCAUAUCACUUUGACCCAGAUCACUUUGAUGACUCCAUGGAUCCCUUUAAGCCUACAAAGACCCUAAGCAACUAUGGGCCAGCUAACUUUUGUUCCUCAGAUGGUAAUGAACCUAUUGAAAUCUUAGAGUCUCAGCUGUAUGAAGUACAGGGUGAGGAGGUGAAGAAAGGGACAGCUUCCCCCAAGAAGGCACAGUCCCGUUUGAUAACGAGUGGCUGUAAAGGAAAGAAGUAUGAAACUCAUUCACUUACUUUGGAUGUGUGUUCUCAGGACAAAGGAGCAAUUAUCUCCCAGAUCCCAGAUAUUUCAAAUAGGGAUGGCCAUGCCACCGAUGAAGAGAAAUUGGCUUCUACAUCAUCCAGCCAGAAACCGUCUGAGGCCGAGGUGAAAGGCUUAGAAAAGGAUACCUGUCAGAAGAUGGAGAAGGAUGGAUCCAGUGCACCGGGUGUGUUUGACCUUUGCUCAACAGAGAAAGCUCCUGUGUCAGUGGCAUGUGGAGAUGAAAGUCCCCUGGAUAGCAUCUGUCUCAGUGAAUCAGAUAAGACUGCAGUCCUGACCUUAAUAAGAGAAGAGAUAAUCACUAAAGAAAUUGAAGCAAAUGAAUGGAAGAAAAAAUAUGAAGAGACCCGACAAGAAGUCUUGGAAAUGAGGAAAAUUGUGGCUGAAUACGAAAAAACCAUUGCUCAGAUGAUUGAGGAUGAGCAGAGGACAAACAUGAGCUCUCAGAAGAGCCUCCAGCAGCUGACCAUGGAGAAGGAGCAGGCCUUGGCAGACCUGAAUUCUGUGGAGAGAUCUCUCUCUGAUCUAUUCCGGAGAUAUGAGAACCUCAAGGGAGUCCUUGAAGGGUUUAAGAAGAAUGAAGAGGCUUUGAAAAAAUGUGCUCAAGACUACUUAACUCGAGUCAAACAGGAGGAGCAGCGAUAUCAGGCCCUGAAACUCCAUGCGGAAGAAAAACUAGACAAAGCCAACGAAGAGAUUGCUCAGGUUCGGACAAAAGCCAAAGCUGAGAGUGCAGCUCUCCAUGCUGGCCUCAGAAAAGAACAGAUGAAAGUGGAGUCUCUAGAAAGAGCCCUUCAGCAGAAGAACCAAGAAAUUGAAGAACUGACAAAGAUCUGUGAUGAGCUUAUUGCAAAGCUGGGAAAGACUGGCUGUUAGUCCAGCACCUCCUCCCUCAGCUGCUUCUUUGUGAUUCCCAAGUAUUUUUGCCUUAUCCAGGAAUAAUCUCCCCAUAGCAGAGAAGGGCACAUGCUUACUGCUCCCUGUUCCGCUUUGCUGCAGACACAACAGUCCCCCACCCCACCCCACCCCAAAAAAAGACAGGACAACCCCCAGAGGUCUCAGUCCCUUUCUUGAAUCCUUUUUCAUUUGUUGGUAGUCAAGUUCAGCAAACCAGGAAGCUGGCUGCUAGGUCUGGCUUUCCAGUUUGUGGAUUGUUGUGGUCUCUUGUUUCCUGAGGUCAAGGCCUCUGUGAAGCCUCAAAUCGUAAUUUUGAGUUACCUUCUGAUUAAUUCUUUUCUCUUUUUAAGAUGACAUGACUUUGUUCUUUUGAAGUUGGUUUUUAUUUGAAGGUAGCAUCUAACUUGUUGUUCAAGUCAGGAGAGGUUCAGUUUGGGUUCAGUGCUCCCUGAGUACACCUGAUUGUUCUGAAAGAUUUGAAGCUGUUCCCUGUUCUGGGAAACCGCAGAAUCAGGUUGUGGGUCUAGGAGAUGUCCUGGGAGGGUCCCACAGCAGGGAUGGGCUUCUGAGCAGCUUUGGCUGCUUCUGUUUUCUUUUGAAGUUGGUUGUUUUCUUUCUCAGAGUUCACACUGAAGAAUUCAGGAAGUCAGCAGGAAUGAGAUGUUCUAUUAAGGAAAGAGGCCCUUGGUGGUUUCUAUUACCAUUCUCCUUUAUUGCUAUCUUAUAUCAGUGAUUGGCCGGGAGUGAAGACAAGCAUUCACUCCUUCCAAUGUAAUUGUAACUGGUUUGAGUUGGUGCCAGCUUUUCUCAAUACAUACACAUGAUGCAGACUGGUGGCCCUUUCUGGAUGUGGAAAUAAGAUUUUUUUUAUUUAAAGAAAUCAAUAACCUUUUCACUUGAACUGUGCAAGUAACACUCCCUUAGAAAAGAUUUAGGUAAUCUUAAUCCAGUUAGAAAAUAACUACAGGCUCCCACCACCACCAUCUUGGGGGGAGGGUAUAGGAAAAAUUAGACACAUUCUAAUUUUUAAUAUUUUAGAAUUGAUAUAACAUUCUUCUCUAGAACUUAGUAUGAGAUUUUAACACUAGAAGGACCAGAAUUGAAGAACAACUUGAAGGACCAAGCCUAUGUUUUGCUUUAUUUGAAAGACUUCCAUUACCAGGAUUUUUAACAACCACCUUUUGUUAAAACCAGGGAAGUUAAAAAAAUAUAUACAUAAAUGUGCUCUGAGACUCAGCACUCUUUGUGUUACUGUUAGAAGAAAAACAAAUUCUAUGCUACUUUAAGAACUAUAGGGGAAAAAAUCUGUAUUGACAGAAUCUUUUUUUGUUGCCUUUUCUAUAGACAGAAGGAUCAGCACACGUUCAUCUCGUUGGCUGCCGGGUGGGAGUGUUCAGUCCAGUGGCAGUGAUUUCCCCUCCUCACUUAGCUAAGCCAAAUCCAUGCUGCCCUUUGACAUCACUUGCUUUUGUUUGAACCUGUUACCUGCAAGCACUUCCUAGUGAUAUGUGCAGUAUUUUGAGUAUGUGGUGAUCGUCAUACUGUAAUUUUAAUGCUGUUGCAUGAUCCACCUUUUGCAGUGAACAGUGGAGGCCCUCCAUAGAUCUCCUUAUCACGUACAUUUCACAUGAGUUCCAUACUCUUCAGUCAUAACUCAGUAUUACUUUGAAGGCUGAGAAUCCUAUUCUAUUAAAAUGCAACUCCUGUAGUUGGUGCUUAGGUUGCCUUUUGAAAGCCUUUAGUAUCUAAACACUCUGUGUAGUAACAAGGGAAAAAAAACAGCAUCACUCAAUUUAGGACAAUCAUUUAGGGUUCUGAAAGCAAUUAUUGGGGCUUAAGGAGAUUUUUGCUGCACAUUACAGAUAAUGAAUGGAAAAGUUUCCAGGCAGUGGAAUAACACAUUGGUCUCUUCUUUAAGCUAUGAUUCUAAAAUCCUAUGUGGAAACAAUCCAGGCAUUUAGGAAAAGGGAAAGUUUACAGAACCUUUCUGCUGCUAGUCAACUAGAUAGGAAGUGUAGAUAGGAAGUGUCUAUGUCUAUUUGUUUGCUCUCAGUCUGUCCUACACAUGAAGCACACGUAGCAGUUUCAGCUGGAUCGUGUAGUCACGGUCUCUUAGUAGCCAAAGAGCACUAGUGCUAUGUGUUAAAUUGAUGAUGACAAUCCCCUUUUUGGCCCACAAGUUAGCAGCCAGCUCCGGUUGCCAUUGUAUAUAGACCCUAGCAAAUGGAGGUGCAGUGCAGGAAAUGGGAAAGGGCCCCUUUUUCUUAAAGACUAAUAUUUCAACUGUUGACUAAUACUUACUCACCAAUGCCCCAAUAGCACUGAAAUUUAGCACUUGGUAGAACAAUCCCGUAAGUACCUUAGGCAUCUGCCCAAUCACGAAAUGGCCUGGGCAAGAUGAAGUAGGUUGAGUUUGGGUGCAUAAAACAACCCUAAUACACUCCCUAGGGUAAUAACAGCCUCACUCUCACCUUUGCCAUAGUUGAGGACUGAGAGCUAUAUUCUUGUAAGUAUUUGAAUGUCCAGUUGGAAAAAAAAAAAAGUUCUGGGUCCCCUCUACUCUGCCACCUUGGAGACUCUUUUGCAGUAGAUUUUGGGGGUAUUUUGGAUAAUGCUUGGGAGGUAGGACCAGUACUUUGUUCUUUGGUUCUCAAGAAAUAUAUGGUUGACUUUGCCAAAGUGUAGCUAUUUUUGUCUAAAAUUAUUUUCGUUGGAGCAUCUGAUGCCUCAUGGUAGGAAUUAGCCUUUAUUUUUCCCCCAUGGGGUCAAGGUUGGACAGUAGCUGUCAGUGAUGGUGAACCUUCCAGAGUUUUGCUUUAUUUGGAGAAAUGCCUUGAAAUCUGGCUGCAUGACUGACCUACCCCCAAGCCCCCUUGUUCUGCACAAUUGGCCUGGAAAUUUGUAGAGAUACAUUUCUAGCUCUCUUUAACCCUGGCCCAAAUUAGGAAGUUCAGAAACUCAUGACAGUGAAAAAUGAUGAGGGUUUUGGAAGCAUUCCAGAGUGUUACGGAAUCCAAUUUUAUUUUUGGGUAAAGGCUCAGACUGAAUUUACCCUUAAUUCAGCUUUGUCUCCUUCCCAUCUAGUCCAUCCUGCCUUUGUCAUUCAUAUCUCCCACAUUGACGUUUAGAAACUAUAUAUUCCCAAUUGUAGUGAUUUGAGUUCAUCCACAAGCUCAGAAUGAUGCACAAAGGUGUGCUGGGCUGAAUGGUUUCCUUAAAGAUGGUGCCAUACUUUCCCAUUUGCUUUUAUAUACAGGGUGUUCCAAAAGUCUUAGUGUUAUUUUAAGCUAUAAUAGCUGUGAAAUUAUAUUUAAAUAUUUUUAUAGCUAUUAAAUAACAUUUAAGCCUUGAUGUGUUGAAGUGUAAAAUGGCACUAAGAUUUUUGGGACACACAGUAUAACUAAAAUAGUUUAAAAUCCCUCAACAAAAUGUAAGCCCAAAUCUUUACUUUUGAUGGAUAGGCCUCUUAAUUAGAAUGGUUGGCCUUUAGAAUCCUUGUGGAGGAAAGGGGAAGGGGAGAACCCCAACACAUCUUUUUGGUAGUUGCAUUUUCUAAACCCAUUUCUACUCUGUUUUCACAAAGUCCUUAAAAUAGCUGCAGGUUGCAGUGACCUCUAGUUUCUUGAGGCCGUUCUCACCGUGAGCCCAAGGUCUUGCCCAGGAUUGUGCCAUACGUUUAUGUUUUUCACCUCUCCUUUUUUUUUCCUUUUUUUGUUUUAAAAGAAUGAAAUUUUAAGCUUUUUUGAAGAACCCUCUUACCUUCACAGUAUUAAGAAAGUUCUCAUUGACUUUCUCAAACUGACAGCGUUACAAUUUUGUGUGUUUUGUGGAUCAAACAUUAUUCACCUCAGGUAAUUACAGGGAGGAGUUUAGAAGGCCUGUGCCAUGGGUCCAUUAACAGGGGUAGAAAGACGCACAGUAGGAACUGAAGCUUAAUUCAUUGUUUCCUUAAAGGCGAUAACAUAUUUUACUAUUUGAAUACAAGUAAAUGAUCACAGAAUUACAGGCUUCCACAUCUGUGGCAAGAGAAACAAACUAGAUUUUGCCACCUGAGCCUCCAGGAGAGUCUCUAGUUUGAAAAAGGUGUAGAAAUACAGUGAGCCCCCCUCUUCUCCAAAGCAGUGUUUUGUCAAAUGUGGUUUGUCCCCAGACCUUUGAGCCAAUCUAGCAGAACCUCUGCCAAGGCUGACUAAUAAUCACACACCUAGUAGAAUGUGCACUAACAGGAAAACCACUCUUAAGUCACGUGGCCUAUUCUGGUGAGUCUUCAGUCUCUGCUCUGGCUGAACGCAUACAGGCAGUUUUGCUGGGCAUGCUGGUCCUCCAGCGCAGUGCACUGGGCUUUUUAUUUUAGUUUUUGAUGAAACUCCUCCGUUGGUCUGCUUUGUUGAAAUUUCUGCAGGGUUCACUUUGAGAAAUACUGUUCUAGAGUUGGCAAAGCACUUUUGAGGGCAGCAUUCUUCAGUGGUGGGUAAGCUCACUCCCUCUCUCUCUACCAGUAACAGUGUCUUAACAAUCGCAUAUUCAUAGGUUGUCAUCCAGAGGCAAUUCCUUCUUUUUUGUUUUGCCUUAUCAGCCUGCAGUUAGACUUGAACAAGCAAGAUUCCUACUGAAUGGUUUAUUAGCUAUAAUAUGUUUAUAUUGGCUAUAAGUUGACGUGUUUAUGUGGUUAUCUCGUGGAUGCUAAGUGCACGAUUUUACACCAGUGGCAUUCUAUAACCUAAAUACAAGUGGAGGCCAGGCAUAAAGCCAAGCCAUAUUUUGAAUUGUUCUUUAUUUUUAGAGCUAUUAAAGACUAUUGCCCUCUGCCUGAAGUGGCAUCUAGAAUCCAGUCUAAAGAAGUUCUCUGCCAGUCAGAUCUGUGAAUCAGUUUGACAAACAUGUAUUAAGUCUGUGUUGGUGGUGAGGAAGACCCAAAAUUCAGAUAGGUCCUACCCUCACAGAGUGCCCGGGCUAAUAACUGUAACCUUCUGUAUUUACUUGAUAACUCAAAUGGUCUUGUAGUGAUGAGAAUUGGAACUCUAAACCAACCCCCAAGUCUUAACUCAAUUGAACCUGGAGUCUUCUCUUCCUUGUGGUAGAAUCCUGAUGCCCCUUUUAAUUCUCAAAGGUGCCAGUACGUUCCUCAGUGUUGCUGUCAGCACGAGUACAUUGCCAAUAGAUUUCCAUAUAUAGUGACGUACGUGCCAAUAAGUGACCAUCCUAAUUGCACACCUGCUUCCGCUGUGCCCCUGUGACUGCCAUACAGUGAGUGAUUGAUUACCCUCCCAUAGGGAGGAGUGAAAGCUGCUUGACUCCUACCAGGAUUGCAUUGUAUAUGUAAUGAUCAUCUACAUAAAUUUUAUAUGUAUAAUAAUUUCCCUUUUUAUAUGUCAGGUAAAUAUUUGUAAGAGUUAUACUUACACAAAUGAAAUUAUUAUAAUAAGUACUAAUAUAUUUUUUUCAUGUUUCAUUGCCUGAAUAAAAACUGUUUAUCACUGUU